AUGAUGACUAGAAGAGUUGUUGUAGUUGUUUGGUUUGUAAUAGCCACGUCUGGUGUAUGGAGCAGUACUAGUACUAGCAGUGCAAAUUCUCAGUCCCAGUGCAUAGAGAAGGAGAGACGAGCUCUUCUAGAGUUUAAGCAAGCCCUGGUUUACAAAUCCAACUUCUUCCUGUCGUCCUGGACAAACACUGGGAGAGACGACGACUGUUGCACAUGGAGAGGAAUCAGGUGUGACAACUCAACUCAUCAUAUUAUUAUGCUUAAUCUUCGUCCAAACAACAGUGAUCAAACAUUGGGUGGUGAAAUCGGUCAUUCAUUGCAUGAGUUGCAACAUUUGAGCUACUUGGAUCUUAGUCACAACAAUUUUACUAAAAUUCCCAAGUUUAUUGGUUCUUUAUCUAGACUCACAUAUCUCAACCUUUCAUAUAAUCCUAUUGUUGGAAUCAUUCCUUCCCAGCUUGGGAAUCUUACAAGGUUAAAGUUCCUCGAUCUUUAUAUUGACCUUGAUUAUGGUCACUUGAUUGAUAAUAAUAGUUUUGAAUGGCUUUCUCGUCUCACUUCUCUUGAAUCCUUUAAACUGAGAAACACAGAUUUGACCAAAGCUAGUACAAAUUGGCUUCAACGUCUCAAAACACUUCCCUCUUUAUCAAAUUUAAGAUUAUCUCAUUGCUUAUUUCCACCUGUGGAUAUCUCAUCUCUUUCCACGAACUCGUCCAAUUCUCUCACAGAACUUUUGAUAUUGAGAAGUGUCGUACAUCCUUCAACAGUUCCUUGGUUGUUCAAUAUAAGCUCCAGCCUUGUUUAUCUCGUCCUCUAUGAUAGUCAAAUUGAAGGAACUCUUCCAAAUUCUUCUGAAAACAUGAGAUCUCUAGAGGCUAUUUAUUUGCCGUCCAAUGAAUUCGAAGGUGAAGUACCAAAAUCAUUGGGAAGUCUCUGCAAUCUUCAAGAGUUAGUGUUGGAUCACAACAGAUUCAGUACUACACUUGGUGAAAUCCUAGAAAGCCUCAGUGGUUGUGCUAAAAGUUCUUUAGAGCAUUUGGAAUUGAGCAAUAACAGAAUAAAAGGUCCUUUUCCCACUUCAAAUGUGUUCCCCAUUUUCCUAAGAUAUCUAGGCAUUUCUAGUAACCAAAUAGAAGGACCAUUGUCCAGUCUUUCAAUGUUGCCAAACAUUAUAGUGUUGACAAUCAACAGUAACAAGCUUAAUGGUACUUUACCUGAAAGUAUUGGCCAACUCCAACAUCUGGAGAGUUUUGAUUUCUCUCUAAACUCCUUCACUGGCACAGUCUCUGAAAUCCACUUUCACAAACUUUCCAAGCUGAAGGAAGUUUACAUAUCGGAGAAUUCCUUAACAUUCAACUUCAACUCCAACUGGGUUCCACCCUUCAGCCUAAAAUCUCUCAAGUUAAGGUCUUGCAAGUUAGGUCCGGAGUUUCCUAGCUGGCUUCAAACCCAAUCAAACAUUACUAUUCUUGAUAUUGCAAACACUGGAAUUCACGGUACUAUUCCUGCCUGGUUUUCCAACCAUGCUUCCAAGUUGAACUUGCUCAAUCUUUCUUCAAACCAGUUUCUUGGCCCUAUUCCACAUUUUCUAUCUGCUGUGCAAGACUUGCAUCUCUCUAAUAAUCACUUCGUUAGUCUGAGAGAUUUUAUCUGUAAUAAAGCAGUGCAUGGGGCAACGCAGUUUCUUGAUGUUUCUAACAACUUAAUAUUUGGCAACCUUCCUAAUUGUUGGGGGAACAUCAAGUCCUUGAAGUUUCUCAUGGUAGACAAUAACAAAUUGUCUGGAGUGGUCCCAAGCUCGAUUGGUCUGUUGUAUGAUAUUCAGUACUUAGUUUUGAGGUACAACAACUUCUCGGGAAGUCUACCUUCGUCGAUACAGAACUGUACACAGCUUCAGGUUCUUAAUGUGGAAGAGAAUUCACUGGAAGGAGAAAUUCCAACAUGGAUCGGGGAACGACUAACAAAUUUGAUCAUCCUUGGUCUUAGAUCAAAUAAAUUUCACGGAAGCAUACCAUCAAACUUAUGUCACAUUCGUUCCAUUCAAAUUCUAGACCUUUCAAUGAAUGAUCUGACCGGAGCUAUUCCUUCGUGCACGAACAACUUUACGUAUAUGAGGAACAAAGAUUACCAAGAACUCGUAUUGAGACAUACAUAUGUGGUUGAGAGGAGUUCUGAUGCAGUAGCCUAUGUUGUAAAUGAUACAGUCGAAGCACAAAUUAUGUGGAAAGGAAAAUAUUACGAGUUUCAGACGAAUUUAAAGCUGUUGAAAAUCAUUGAUCUUUCAAGCAACAAACUAGAUGGACAGAUACCCGAAGAGUUAACAAAUCUAGUCGAAUUGGUUCAGCUCAACUUGUCGAGAAACAAUUUGUAUGGACCAAUUCCGAUAGAGAUUGGUAAGUUGAGCAACCUACAAGCACUGGAUUUGUCCAACAACAAGCUUUCUGGUACAAUUCCCACGACUUUAGAGAAGAUGUCUUUUCUGCAACACUUGGAUUUCUCGAAUAACAAGCUAUCAGGGAAAAUCCCUACUGCAACUCAACUUCAAAGCUUUGAUGAUUCUGCGUUCGCUGGAAACCUUGGACUUUGUGGAGCUCCUCUGACAAAGUCGUGCUCGGAGGAUAAAACGCUGCAUGGUGUUCAAGAAAGUGAACAACUGUUCGAUAUGUCGUGGCUUCAAAUGGGUGUUGGGGUUGGAUUCGGAGUUGGGUUCGCUGGUGUUUGUAUGUGGUCAUUUGUUACUUGA